CCCACCCACAGUCACAUUUCUUUCCUCCUACUAAUAAAUUAUCUAGUCCCUUGUUCCCUCUUGUUGUCCUCAGCCUCCAAUGGCUCUUCUCCUCCCCUUUCUACUCCUCCUCAUGUUCCACUCUACCUUUUCCCAGCCUUCUCCCGGAUACUAUCCAAGUUCCAAGUUCAGGCCUAUAAGCUUCUAUCAAGGUUUCAACAACCUUUGGGGUCCCCAGCAUCAGUCUCUCUCCCAAGACCAAUCCUCCUUAACAAUUUGGCUUGAUAGCACCUCAGGAAGUGGAUUCAAGUCGAUUCGUCCAUUUCGAAAUGGAUACUUUGGUGCAUCAGUCAAGCUCCAAACAGGCUACACUGCUGGUGUGAUCACAGCUUUCUAUCUUUCAAACAAUGAAGCACACCCUGGAUUCCACGACGAGGUCGACAUCGAAUUCUUAGGGACGACACCGGGGAAGCCAUACACACUGCAGACUAAUGUGUAUGUGAGAGGGAGUGGAGAUGGGAGGAUCAUUGGUAGAGAGAUGAGGUUCCACCUAUGGUUCGACCCCACUGCCGGCUUCCAUCACUAUGCAAUAUUGUGGAACCCUGAUGAGAUCAUAUUCUUUGUAGAUGAUGUGCCGAUUAGGAGAUAUGCGAGGAAGGAUGAAGCGACAUUUCCGGUGCGGCCAAUGUGGGUCUAUGGCUCCAUCUGGGAUGCGUCGUCGUGGGCUACUGAAGACGGCAAAUACAAGGCCGACUACCGCUACCAGCCAUUUGUUGCAAGGUUCACCAAGUUCAUGAUUGGAGGGUGCUCAGCCUACGCGCCAUCCAAUUGCCGUCCGAUCGCUGCAUCACCAUCUGGCUCUAGGCUCAGCUCUCAGCAGUAUGCUGCAAUGACAUGGGCACAGAGCAAUUAUAUGGUCUACUACUACUGCCAGGACUCCAGGAGGGACCAUUCCCUCACGCCUGAGUGCUUCAAUUGAUGCAGCUUACCAUCACUUGGCCUGCUCUUGACUCUUUGUGUGUGUCUGCUUUUCUUGCUCUUCUUUGAUUUUUUUUUGUUGUUUCCUCAAAGUGAGGGCUGCCCUACUACUACAUAAUUCAGUAGUUGAGGCGUUUGGGGUCUUAAAAUUUUAUCAAUCAUUGAGGUGCGGGUGUUGGUAUUGUUGUAUUUGUAACAAAACAAAUAAUGUUGGCUUGGUCUAUGUUGCGAUAUGGGGAAUAAAAAUUAGUGAAAGAAAAUUUCACUAGUUUGCAGCGGCAGUUUAAGCCCUCUGUAGCUGUAAGCAUUGGA